GCUCAUAGUUCUUUCCAGUGCCGCCCUGGCUCUGCUCAGGCAAAUCACACUCUUUGAAUGCUUGAUAUGUGGCGCCCACUGCUUUGCCUGCGUGGCGCCCACUCCGGCAUGAAGCAGGCCCACGGGCACGUGCGCCCGCGAGAGGGCCUGCCGCACCCCGAAGAAGAAACAGAGCGCCCCGAACUGCGCGGUGCCCGCCCGCCCGGACGCGCGCUGCCAGGGCAGCAGCGGGCUGUGCUCCCACUUGGGCUCCGAGACGUUCUCCUGCGGACCAAUGCUGCUCCGAAAGGCGCUGUCUGGAACUUGGAGGUGGCCAGGGGCGUCUGGGCCGCUCGGGCCCCGAGAGAAUCGGUCAAGAGGCGGGGGAUGAAGGCAUCUCCGUUCAACAUCGGUUCCUGGCUUAAGUGCCCCAGCAUGCGACACGCAACCAGCGGCGUGCUAACGCUGAGCUGAGCAUUGAGGCUGAAAACGGAAGUUUGGCGCGGUACGUUCGCCAAGGCGUGGGCCGACACGCUGAGCCAACACGCAGCGUGUUAACACGGACGUUUUGAACACGGUACGCGUUGCGUUCCAGAAGUGGCGUGCCAGGGCAGCUAAUGUUCUCGGACCCCUCCUGGUGUCCAUGUGGUGCAAUUUUUCACCCCCCAACAGUUCUUGACGGUCCCAAGGCCCGAAAACGGCCCCCGCAGAGCGAAAGAGGUAAAAACAUUCUCGAACCCAGCGUGCUGAACGAUUUCAUCUGCGACGGGUUCAUCCAGAAAAUCGUUCUUCUGGACGAACUCGACCGGAUGAAAUUGUCCCGAUGAGCUCGUCCAGAUGAACUGUGCUGCGGACAAACUAAUUUCGGGAUGAAUUCUUCUGGAUGAACUCGCCCAGAUGAACUCGUUCGGAUGAUCUUGCCUGUUCAACAAUGUGUUGCGGAUGGCGGAUUCGUCAAACAAAGAAGUAAGACUAAAUGAUCUCAUUCGGAAAGACUCAUCUGGAAAAACUCGUUCUGGAUGAACUCUUUCUGGAACAACUGGCCCCAGAAGAACUCGUUUCGGCUUAGCUCAUUCCAGAAGAACUCGUUCCGGAUGAAUCAUCACGGGAAAAUUCGUCGGGAAGAACUCGUUCUGGAUGAACUCGAUUUGGACGAACUCGCCCUGGCAGAACUCGUUCCGGACGAAGGUGUUCCGGAAGACAUCGUCGAAGAAAUCAUCCCCAAAAAACUCAUCCUGGAAGAUCCCGCUCGGAAGAACUGGCCUGGGAGAGAGCGUCCCAGAAGAACUCGUCUAGCCGAUGCUGGUGAUGAUGAUCACGAAGACGAUGACGACGCCCAUGUUGACGACGAUGAUUGUGAUCACUACAUAAUCUAG